ACGCGCCUAUAUAAGUGAUAAAUCCAAAACGAGACCUCAAAUGUGACGUUAUCUGAAAAGGCAUACGAUAGUACAUUCAUGUUUCAUUGCAUACAUUUACUGUCGGAGUGAAUAAUUGUAGAUACAAACCAUGAUUUUACGAUUUGCGAUCUUCGUUGCAGUUUUGAUCUUAACGAUUGAAGCAAAGAAAUAUCCGCAGUUUUCAGAAGACGAACAAUGGGAAGAAUUUGAAGAGUAUUUAAAAUGGAAAAAAGCAAAGGAAGUGCGCGAAAAUGGUCCACAACAAAUAAGAUAUGAAAAACGACAUCAUGAAAAUCAUGACAUGUACAAAUCGUUUGAGAGACCUCAAGAACAGCCCGCCAAUACUCCACCACCUAUCAAUCAGGCAGCUCUAAUGGCAAGAUAUAUUGUCAAUCAGGCUGAUUGGGUACCCGUGGCAACAAUAAGCAUAAGAAAGGAUAUUGAAUCGUUUCCAGCCGUAACAUUAGUUUCAUAUACAGACGGACUUUUAGGAAAUGGAUCUGGGAUUCCAUACUUAUAUCUCACUCCUUUGGAUUUUACAGCUCAAGACCUCGCAAGAGAUAACCGGGCUUCGUUGCUGAUGACAUUGGCUCAAGGAAAAUACUGCAAAUCUAAAAAGUGGGACCCUAUGGAUCCUCGAUGCGCCAGAAUUCUUCUAACCGGCAAAAUUAAACCAUUGAAAGACGAUAGUACGGAACAAGAAAUAGCUAAAAAAGUAUUUUUCACGCGUCAUCCAGGACUAGUUAAUAUGCCAGCAGAUCAUCAUUUUUAUUUUGCCAAAUUGAAGAUAAUUUCAAUCGUAGUGUUGGAUACGUUCGGUGGUCCGAAAUACGUCACUGUGAAAGAUUACUUGCAUCCACCAGUAGCAAAUAUUACCGAAGAAUUCAACCGACAUUUUCCUUUAGACUCUAAUGAAAGUAAAUCUGAAGAAGAAUAUAGACUAUCUUCUAAUAUGAUAAAUCCUGUGGUCUACCGUGUGUAAAUUAAUAGAGAAGUAUUAAUAUAAAAACUUAAACAAUUUGAUAUACCUACCCGUGUUCUUUAUAAAUUUUUAAUG